AUGAUGAAGCCCGGAGGCGUCAUGGUGGCCUCCAGCCCUGGUAGGGAGAAGCUCCCGUCGCCGCUAGGCUUUGCCCGUUUGCUCUCAUGCAAGGUUGGCGGGGGUAGCCGGACACGCGCCCGCCUCACUUCGUCGGCAGCCGCCCGUUCCAGCCCCUUGUUCGUGUCUCGGAGCAGGAGCGUUGGUCGUUCGACCUCGGCGGCUACUGCGGCAGCGUCGGGGGAAGGGGAGCCCUCCUCGCCCACGGUCACCUGCAUUGGCCAGGUUAGGAUGCGAAACAAGUGCUCGGGGAAGAAGAAGCCUCGGCCUAAGAAGAUGAGAAGUAAGUCAUUUUUGAUCCCGCGCCGGUGCCUGGAAAAGCUUCUUCUAUGCGGCCUGUUCGGCGCUCGGAGGAGGCCCAAGGGCGGCGGAAGCGGCGAGGGAGGCCGACGGUCGCUGUGGUGGCGAUGGGCUGGCGUCCGAUCUGGCGGGAGUAGUGGGUACCGGCAGCAAAAGCCGGAUCCUUUUUGGCCGCCACCACAGCCUCCGGAGUUCGUCGGAGCCGGAAAGGCACCGGAUGGAGAAGAGGACAUCGAUUACAAGAACGAGGAUCAAAAGGAGGCGGCGCAAGAAGACGAUACUAGGGUUUCCGUGCCGUCAGCGAUAGCGACGCCGCCAAAGAACGCACUGUUGCUGAUGAGAUGCCGAUCGGCGCCGCACAACCGGGCUUCUUCGCUCUCCAUCGCUCGAUUCGAGGUGUCCUCGCUCCCGGAUCCGGCGUUGCCGGAUGAUGUCAGGCAAGGCAAAACGCAACAGCAGCAGCGGCAAGAAGAGCGGAGGUCGAGCGGCGGAGAGGAGCUGGUGCAGGAAGCGGAGGCGGUACCGGGAACAGAGGAGGACGGGGGGUCGGAGUCGCGGCGGCCGCUGGUGCUGUCGCGGAGCAAUUCAGUGCCGGCGCGGAGGGCCGCGGUCCCGGAGGCAACCAACUGCCUCUGGACCAGCGGCAGCUGGCCUCGUCGUUCGGGCCCUUCUCACGAGUAG